UAAAGACGCAGGCGGCGUCACCGUCUCUAAGGAGCGGUCUGGGGCACCGGUUUCAAAGUCGCUGGGCGGGCCCAGUCGAUUUCCGAUGCUGGUCCCGGGCUUCCCGGCCGCUUUGGAGUAGCUCCUGGCUCCACCAAGGACGCCGCCACACGGCUGCCCGCUGGUUCCCUCGGCGCUCUCCUGAGUGGCCCGACACGACCUGGAGUGACCCGCCGGACGCCUGUAUUCACACGCGUCCCUGUUCCCCCCUGGCUGGGAUUCGGGUGAACGUGGAAGGGAACUAAUUUAGCAGGUCUCCAGCAAACCUGAAAUCUUUGGUGCCUCAUUUGAGCGAGGGACUCGCCUGAGAGUCGGAAGAAGGAAGGCGCGGCGGGGCUGUUGAUGCCGCGUGAGUAGGAUUCUGAUUACAGCACUCGAGUGCUAGACAACCUCGGAGGCAUUGCUUUGGUUUUGUUUUCCCCGCACAGCCUGCUUUGUGUCUUUUUGAGAAAAGUAAAAGUGGUGAAAGCUCCAAGCUAAAAUUGUAUCUACAUGGCCACUGAAAUCAAGUUUCUGAGAGAUCAAAAUCAUGAAGUUCUUAGGCAAAAUCAAAUGGAAAAUGAUUCCAAAUGUUCAUCUAUACAGAAAGAUGUCCUCAAAGGAAAUGGAGAUAACACAUUAGAAAACUCAGUCGUUGACAAAAGCUUUUUAGUUCCUCUUAUUACUGAGUAUGAUAAGCAUCUGGAAGAAAUAAAUGGUCAGCUCCAAUAUUAUCAGAAACAGAUGGGCGAGAUGAAACUACAACUUGAAAAUGUCAUCAAGGAAAAUGAAAGGUUGCACAGUGAAUUAAAAGAUGCUGUUGAAAAGCAGUUGGAGGCCCUUCCCUUUGCCACAGAGGUGGGAAAUGAGAUAUAUACAGAUGAUGAAACAGUCAGAAAUCUUCAAGAACAACUACAACUGGCCAAUCAAGAAAAAACUCAGGCUGUGGAACUCUGGCAGACUGUUUCUCAGGAGUUGGAUAGACUACAGAAACUUUACCAGGAACAUAUGACUGAGGCUCAAAUUCAUGUAGUUGAAAGUCAGAAACAAAAGGAUCAGCUGACCAAUUUUCAACACCUGACCAAGCAACUUCAUGUUACUAAUGAGAACAUGGAAAUGACUAAUCAACAUUUUCUGAGAGCUGUAACUGAACAAAAUGUGGAGAUUGAGCAACUCCGAAAACAACUUAGGAAAGCGAAAUUAGAUCUGAGAAUGGCAGUAGCAAAAGUGGAAGAGUUAUCUAAAAUGACCGAAGAUCUUCAAGGACAGAUGCAAAAGAAGGAGGAGGAUAUGGAAUCUGCUCAAGGAAGAGAAGAAGCAUCAGAUAGACGCUUACAGCAGUUACAAUCUAGUAUAAAACAAUUAGAAAUGAGAUUACAUUUGUCCACCCAAGAAGCCACCCAAUUAAGAGAAGAAAAAGCACAUUUGGAGAAACAGAGCAGAGAGUUACAAGUGAAGUGCAAUGAAUUACAAAAUGAGAAAUACGAAGCUAUUAUAAGAGCCAGAGAUAGCAUACAACUCUUAGAAGAAGCUAAUCUUCAAAGAAAUCAGGCUCUACUUGAGGAGAAGCAGAAAGAAGAAGAUAUAGAGAAAAUGAAAGAAUCGUUUUCUCGGAUUGUGCAAGAGUCUGCCAUAAGAACCAGGAAGGAAGUUGAAAACACAAGAAAACAAUAUAAUGUACAGAUUUCUCGACUAGCAGGAGAACUUUCAGCCCUUCAAACGGAGUGUGCUGAAAAACAAGGCCAAAUUGAACGAGCCAUUAGAGAGAAAAGAGCAGUGGAAGAAGAGCUAGAAAAGAUUUACCAUGAAGGCAGAAUAAAUGAAAGUGAUUACAGAAAACUGGAAGAAAUGCACCAAAGGUGCCUGGUUGCAGACCGUUCAAAAGAUGAUCUUCAGCUAAGACUUAGAAGAGCAGAAAAUAAACUCAAACAACUUGAAAUAAAUUCCUCGGAAGAGCUAUCACGGUGCCAAGAAAUGAUUCAGAAACUUCAAAAGGUGUUGGAGUCAGAGAGAGAGAACUGUGGAUUUGUCAGUGAAGAAAGGCUGAGACUUCAGCAGGAAAAUGAACAAUUACAGAAACAGGCUGAAGAGUUAAGAAAGAUUGCUCUUGAGGCUCAAAAACAAGCCAAAUUAAAGAUCAGUACAAUGGAACAUGAAUUUUCAAUAAAGGAACAUGGGUUUGAAGUUCAGUUGAGAGAGAUGGAAGACAGUAACCGAAAUUCUACUGUUGAACUGAGGCAUCUCUUAGUGACUCAACAGAAGGCAGCCAAUAGGUGGAAAGAAGAAACAAAGAAACUCACUGAAAGUGCAGAAAUUAGAAUCAGUAAUCUAAAGAGUGAGCUGAGUCGACAGAAACUUCAUACCCAAGAGCUGCUUUCUCAGCUGGAAAUGGCAAAUGAAAAGGUAGUUGAGAAUGAAAAGUUAAUUCUAGAGCAUCAGGAAAAAUCCGACAGACUUCAGAGGCGACUAAGUGAAGCAGAGCAGAGAGCUGCUUCAGCCUCCCAGCAGCUCAGUGUGAUAACAGUGCAGAGAAGAAAAGCAGCCUCCAUGAUGAAUCUGGAAAAAAUUUAAAAGUAUUCAUAACUCACAGAACUUUAGAGUUGGGAAAGCUGUUGAACUAGAAGUGUAUUAAAAUGGUAAAACCUGCAUAGAAUGGUUAAGGCUUGUGUCAUUUUGCAUAAGCAUUUUCCAUUCUGUCUUGAGGGUUAUUGGAAAACAGAACAGUGACAGCUUCCUGUAAGGAAAUAUAAUCCUAUAUUGAGCUUCAGUGGAGAAUAAAGCCAGCUGGGAAGAACUCA